AUGUUCCGCUCAAGCAUCGUCCGCAACGCCCGCCUCUUCAGCACCAACGCGCGCUUCCAGAAGUCUGCCGUCGACACCAUCAAGGAGGCCGCUCAGGCAGUCGACAGAACCAUCUCCGACGCCGCCGUCAAGGGCAUCGAGACCGGUGAGCAAGCCGCCGCCUCAAUCAAGUCCGCCGCCGGUGUGAACGCCGCCGAAGCCAAGGGCACCGCCAACAAAGUCGCCGGCCAAGCUUCAGGCAAGGCCUCCGAGAUCUCGGGUCAAGCCAAGGGCGCCGCCAACAACGCCUCCGCCUCUACUCCCACUUCGGGCCAAGUGCAGGGAAAGGCUUCCGAGUUGAUGGGUCAGGCACAAGGCAAGGCCUCUGAGCUUGCUGGCCAAGCAAAGGGCGCUGUCAACGAGGCCACUGGC